GUGACCAUGUUCUUCCUUGUCAGUUGUUUUGCUCUUGUGGUCUCUGCACUGGGGUGUGGAGUACCUUCUAUCAGGCCCCAAGUGAGCGAUAACAACAAGAUUGUAAAUGGACAGAACGCUGUGUCUGGAUCCUGGCCCUGGCAGGUCUCCCUUCAGGACAGUAGAGGAUUCCACUUCUGUGGAGGAUCUCUGAUCAGCCAGAACUGGGUUGUCACUGCUGCUCACUGCCGCGUGUCCUCUAGGAACCACCGCGUGAUUUUGGGAGAACAUGAUCGUCAGUCCAACGCUGAGCAAAUUCAGGUCAAGACAAUUUCCAGGGCCAUCACUCACCCCUACUACAACGCCCAGAACUUCAACAAUGACAUCACCCUUCUGAAGCUGUCCUCCCCAGUUCAGAUGACAUCCCGUGUGACUCCUGUGUGCCUGGCCUCCUCCAGCACCAGCAUCCCCACUGGAACCUCAUGUGUCACCACCGGGUGGGGCAAGACCGGCCAAACCUCAAGCCCCCGCUACCUCCAGCAGACUUCCCUGCCUAUGCUCAGCCCGGCUCAGUGCAAGCAGUACUGGGGUUCUAACAGGAUUACUGAUGCUAUGAUCUGUGCCGGUGCUUCUGGAGUCUCCUCCUGUCAGGGUGACUCUGGUGGCCCUCUGGUCUGUCAGAACGGUGGAGCGUGGUCCCUUGUGGGUAUUGUGUCCUGGGGCACCUCCAACUGCAACGUGCGCACCCCUGCAGUGUACGCCCGUGUGUCCUACCUGCGCAGUUGGAUCGACCAGACUGUCGCUUCCAACUAAUGUGCAAAUAACACACUCAGAACACUUGCUCUCACUGUGAUCAACAAAUAAUUCUAUACAGCAUUAAUAAUAGCUGUAUCAUGAAUGUUACUUUUAAAUGGGCUUUGGAUGAUGCAUUUGUGAAAACUCAUUAAUAAAAUAUAACUUG